GUUGGCUGGGUAGAGGACACUACUACUACUACUCACCACUAGUUACAUUUGUGAAGCCCGAAAAUGUCCAGAAGUUCGAGGCUGUCGGUAACUGAAAAUCAGCGCAAAUCCACUCAAGUGGUAAAGAAGGCAGUUACUCGCAGUCGAUCCUACGAUGGAGAUGCGUUCGUCAAUCUCUUCGCCCAUCGCGGAGCCCGAGACAUCAUUAUCUUGGAUAGCCAUGGAGUGCCGCUCCGAUCCACCUGCAGUCAGAGACGCACCUUCCUGUUCGUCUCCAACCUGAAGCCGCUGCUCUUCAUGGCCCGCAAUGUGGUCAGGGAUCUGGACCCCUCGAACGACAUAACCUUCAUGCGGAUUCGCUCCAAUAUGGGCGAAAUCCACAUGACCCUGGGCACGGACUUCAUUUUGAUCGUUGUGCAGAAGCUGAGGAGGCUCAGGAGCAGCUCGGCACCAUAAAACAUUUCCAGUCGUUGUGCGUGUGUGUGCGGAUGUUAAUUCUAGUUUACCCAUAUUCCACCUAAAUUAAAUUCCAUGCAAUU